AAAAACUAACCUAUACGCGCCACUAGCGCCACUAGCGGCCAUUCUAUAUCUCGCGAUAUGAGUCGAAAAAGCUGCGGUCGGGAAGACACUAGAAAUGCUUCGAAGCGUUUGAUUGACCAAUCAGGACAAAAAGAGUAAAGAUUUAUUUAUUCUGAUUGGUUAAUGCAAUGCUUCGAAGCAUUUCUAGCGUCUUCCCGACCGCAGCCCAAGUUCAGUAUUCAGUAGUGUAUCCCCCAUCUUGAGUAACAUGGCACUUUCCAUUUUCCAUAUAUAUAUAUAGAGUUCAAUGAUUUUAUCAUAGACUUCUAUAUAUAUAGAAGUCUGUGGAUUUUAUCGACUCGAUAUUUGUUUACAUUCUUGUCUGAUUCUGUAUUCGUUUUAACGUAAUAUUUUAUUCUAUAAUGUUUUAUUGAUAUUUCAAACGCAACCAAAUAUCGAUCGUUGAGAAUUUCUUAAAGUAAUCAAUAUUGAGAUUGUCAUGAAACUUGAGCUAUUGGAUUACAGAAAGAAGCCACAAUAGAUUAAUGGCUUUCAAGGUUAUAUGUGUAUUGAAAAGUAAGAAAUGUGAUUUUACAAGAGAGCGUUUCGACGAAACAAAUUAAGGCCAUGCAUCCUGUAUGUAGAGAAACAAUACUUUGACAUUACACAAAUGAUAUAGCGAUCAUAGUCAAGAGGAAAGCGACGUCAGAAUCAUCGAUCACAUUCUAACAGAAAAUAGACUUUUAUCAUUUAUCCCUGAAUCAAUAAUCUUGAAGGAAAAUCUCAAUGGCUUCUGAUUAUAAUUUGGCGCCUAUACUCAACGUGAGCGGCCUCGGACCUCGGACUGCGAAUCGGUCCGACACUGUUCGUCGAGGAUAUCCUACGGCAGUUCUCUCCUCCAAAUUCCCGAUUCUACAGAUCCGAAUGAAGGUAUGUCUGCCCGCGCGAGAGCAAACGUGGAGAGUUAAUACGGCUAGGGAACACGAACGGAACCGAUUUACGAAGAAGAGCCGGUGCAUUGGAGGGAGACGUCCUUGAUUACCCGCGGCCGGCGUUAUGAAACGUAUAAAGGAAACCGCCGUCGUUGUCACAGACCCAGAGCGCGACCCGUCCGAGCCCAGCCGAGUCAUGCCCGCCAACGAGGGCACUUCAACCGACAAUUUCGCGGUGGCGCGGAUCAAGCUCGAAAGGAUGAACCCUCUUGCGGGAUUUCCGCCUAAGAUGUCAAGGUCGGACGAUUCAUCCACUGAUUCCUCCACGACCCCGAUUCUCUCGAGUUUCACCGCAUCAACGGAGGAACGAAAGGCAGUCGAAAAGGGAGAUUUCCGCAGCAUACCGUGUCGGAACGUUCACGAGAAGCUCUUCAGGGACUUUUUCGAGCUAGUAUUGCAACGAGCGGUGUUUCAGUCCACCUCCGGGGAGGAUCGCGUGGUCGAGUGGGUGGAUCCUAACAAUCUACGAUCUGUGGUCGAUCUUUCGCUGCCAACCGAAGGUGUCGGCCAUGAAGAGCUGUUGACGUUAACGCGCGAUAUCAUCAAGUACAGCGUGAAGACGGGCCAUCCGCACUUCGUGAAUCAACUGUUCUCCGGUCUGGAUCCAUACGGAUUGUUAGGUCAAUGGCUCACCGAUGCGCUCAAUCCAUCCGUCUAUACUUACGAGGUAUCUCCGGUGUUUUCCCUGAUGGAAGAGGACGUGUUGCGAGAGAUGCGCGCCAUUAUUGGCUGGCAGGAUGGUGAGGGACUCUUUUGUCCUGGGGGUUCCAUGGCGAACGGAUAUGCCAUCAACCUGGCACGUCAUCAUAGAUAUCCAAACCUGAAGCAAUCCGGAUUAUCGCAGAUGCCGCGGCUGGUGGUGUUCACGUCGGAGGAUGCACAUUAUUCCGUAAAGAAGCUUGCCGCCUUCCUGGGUAUCGGUUACGACAACGUUUAUCUGAUCAAAGUUGAUUCCCGAGGCAAGAUGGUGAUCACCGAUCUGGAGGCUCAGAUUGCCCGAGCCGUCGAGGAGGGUGCUGUGCCGCUCAUGGUAUCUGCCACCGCGGGCACCACCGUGAUGGGCGCCUUCGAUCCCCUCAAGAAAAUCGCCGAAGUUUGCAGGAAGCGCGCACUGUGGUUUCACGUGGACGCAGCGUGGGGUGGCGGCGCCCUCGUCUCCAAGACGUAUCGCGGUCUUCUCGAGGGCAUCCAGCUCGCCGACUCCGUUACCUGGAAUCCCCACAAAUUGCUCGCCGCGCCGCAGCAGUGUUCCACUUUGUUGCUCCGUCACGAAGGUUUGUUACAAGCGGCGCAUGGCUGCGGCGCGAGCUACCUCUUUCAGAACGACAAGUUCUACGAUGCGGCAUUCGACUGCGGCGAUCGACACGUACAGUGCGGCCGCCGCGCCGACGUGGUCAAGUUCUGGUACAUGUGGAAGGCGAAGGGCACACGUGGUCUCGAGGCCCAUGUUGACCGUGUGUUUGCGCUAUCGCGCUACUUCGCCGAUCUCAUCAGGAUGCGCGACGGCUGGCGUUUGCUCGCCGAGCCAGAGUGCACCAACGUUUGCUUCCGCUACGUCCCGCCGUCGAGAAGACACUUGACCGGCAGUGAACUCGAUCAGGCGCUGCAUAAGAUUGCGCCGAUAAUCAAGGAGCGUAUGGUGCGAGCGGGAACGAUGCUGAUAACGUAUCAGACGUUGAGAGACAUACCGAAUUUCUUCAGACUGGUAUUGCAGAACUCGGGAUUGACGGAGGGCGACAUGAAGUUCUUCGUCGAGGAGAUAGAAAGGCUCGCUGUAGAUCUUUAAUCGACUUAAAUUGCAGAUAUUGUAAAUAGCGAUAAAAUGUGUACGUUUUGUGUAUUUUAUUAGUAUAAGAAAUAGUUGUAUUUGUGCUAAAUCGUUAAUGUGAUACUUGAAAAAAAUAAUAAGUGUAUAAGAAUA